UGGCAGUGCAAGAAUUAAAAAAUCUCCGAAGCAUUCGUUUUUACGGCCACAAAACAAGCCCUUUCUCUCUCUCUCUCCAAACAAAGGGUUACAACUUUUUGCCGUUUCUUCUAUUUGCCGAUAUAAAAAUGUCGAGUUUUAGAUUGUUACAUUUGGUUAAUGUUAGGAACGAUGUCGUUUUAACGAAGUUAUGGAGUCAAGAUUUGAGCUUUUUAAAAAAUGGUAGUGAAAGAUUCGUUUUUUCAGUGAAGAAGAAACAAAGGCUGGUAAUUUUAAGCUUGUCUCAACCACCAGAGGUAGAGCCUCAAUCUGGUGCGGCAGCGAGUAUAGUAACUAAGGAAAGUAGUGAAAGUAAUAUUGGAAAAGAAGACGUUAGGAUUUUGGGGAGUGAUCAUGAGGAAGCGAAAAUCGAUGACGGAAAUAGUGGGGGGUUUUUUGAUGGAAAUGGUAAGUUUAAUAAUGGUGGUGGUGGAGGCGCUGACGGCGAUGGUGAAAAGGGUGAUCCGGAAGAGGAGGAGUUUGGACCAAUUAUGACAUUUGAGGAGGUUAUGAAGGAGACAGAGGCUAGAGGGGCUACUCUCCCUUCUGAUAUGUUGGAGGCAGCAAAAAGUGUUGGGAUUCGUAAAUUGCUUCUCCUUAGAUAUUUGGAUUUGCAGGGAUCAAGUUGGCCUCUAGGAUUUGCAAUGAGGUCAUGGGGAAUGCUUCGGAACCGGAUGUUGGCUGACCCAUCUUUUCUUUUUAAAAUUGGAACAGAGAUAGUUAUUGAUUCUUGUUGUGCUACCCUUGCGGAAGUUCAAAAGAGAGGCAAGGACUUCUGGGCAGAAUUUGAGUUGUAUGUUGCUGAUCUUUUGGUUGGAGUGGUGGUGAACAUUGCUUUAGUUGGUAUGUUGGCUCCAUAUGCACGUAUUGGGCAACCAUCUAUAUCAAAAGGGUACCUUGGGCGCAUGCAACGUGCUUAUGGAGCUCUCCCUAGCAGUGUGUUCGAAGCUGAAAGGCCAGGUUGUAGAUUUACAGUGAAACAGAGAAUUGCUACAUACUUUUAUAAGGGAGUCCUGUAUGCGUCAGUUGGGUUUGCAUGUGGUAUUAUAGGCCAAGGAAUUGCAAAUUUGAUAAUGACCGCCAAGAGAAGCAUGAAGAAGUCAAAAGAGGACAUACCUGUGCCACCUCUUCUGAAGAGUGCAGCUCUCUGGGGCGUUUUCCUUGCAGUUUCUUCUAAUACUCGUUAUCAGAUCAUUAAUGGAUUGGAACAGUUGGUGGAGGCAUCACCUUUGGCCAAGCAGGUUCCACCUGUUGCGAUGGCUUUCACUGUUGGAGUGCGAUUUGCCAACAACAUUUAUGGUGGGAUGCAGUUUGUGGACUGGGCCAGAUGGAGUGGAGUGCAAUAAUUGCACAUGUUCUUCAUAUAUUUAGUUAGAAAAUAGCCUUCCCUAACCAUUCUAUUUGGGGUAGAGUUACAAAUUUCAAUAAUCUUGAGUUUUGGAUGUUAAACAUCAAUGUCAUAGCCAUCAAAGAAGGCGGACAGCUAUCGCCCUUUGUAUCUUUCCUGCCAGGGGAUGUAUUUAAUCUUGGUCAUUACUUGGGAAGUUAAUCUUUUCAAAAAUAUUGAACUCAA